UCAGAAUUAAAUCUGCGUCGAUCCCCUCACCACACGAAACAGCUGAAGCUGUUGUGUUGACGGCACUCAAAUUCCUGAGGAGAUCGAAUUGGUGGCGGCUAGGAAUCUGAGGCAAGGCCAUGGGCAUGGAGAUGGACAUGGAUUCCAUGGCGGGUGCCAUCGGGGUUUCGGUCCCUGUACUUCGUUUCCUUCUCUGUUUCGUGGCCACUAUUCCCGUCAGCUUCCUUGCGCGAUUCGUUCCUGGUUCACUUCUCAAGCACCUUUACUCCGCCGGAACCGGUGCUCUUCUCUCCUACGUCUCUUUUGGAUUCUCUUCCAACCUCCAUUUCUUGGUUCCUAUGUUAGCCGGCUACGCUUCCAUGAUUCUUUGUCGCCCUCGAUGUGGGAUCAUCACAUUCUUUUUGGGAUUUGGUUACCUCAUCGGUUGCCAUGUAUAUUACAUGAGUGGAGAUUUAUGGAAGGAGGGUGGUAUCGAUGCUACCGAGGAAGGUUUGCGCGAGGCACAGAAGAAAAACCGAUUGAUUAGAUUGCCUUCGUUGAUUGAGUACUUCGGUUACUGCCUCUGCUGUGGGAGUCAUUUUGCUGGUCCAGUUUUUGAAAUGAAGGAUUAUCUAGACUGGGCUGAAGGAAAGGGGCUUUGGAGCACAUCAGCAAAAGGACCAUCACCAUAUGGGGCAACUAUUCGAGCGCUUCUACAAGCUGGCUUAUGUAUGGCCAUGUAUCUGUACCUGGUACCACAUUUUCCUCUGUCUACGUUUGCUGAACCCAUGUAUCAAGAAUGGGGUUUCUGGAAACGGUUGGGAUACCAGUAUAUGUCUGGCUUUACAGCGCGAUGGAAAUAUUAUUUCAUUUGGUCAAUCUCAGAGGCUUCAGUUAUUAUUUCUGGCCUUGGCUUCAGUGGCUGGACAGAAUCCUCUCCUCCAAAGCCACGUUGGGAUCGGGCCAAAAAUGUGGACAUAGUAGGUGUUGAGUUUGCAAGGAGCGCUGUUGUGAUACCACUUGAGUGGAACAUACAAGUCAGCACCUGGCUUCGUCAUUAUGUUUAUGAAAGGCUUGUUCAGAAAGGGAAGAAAGCUGGCUUCUUUCAGUUACUCGCCACACAAACUGUCAGUGCUGUUUGGCAUGGACUAUAUCCUGGGUAUAUCAUAUUCUUUGUUCAAUCAGCUUUGAUGAUUGCCGGGUCCAGAGUCAUUUACAGGUGGCAACAAUCUGUCGCUCCAGCAGUGGCUAAUGUCUUAUCGUUUAUGAAUUUUCUAUACACAAUUUUGGUUCUUAAUUACUCCUGUGUUGGUUUCAUGGUGUUAAGUCUGCGUGAAACUCUGGCCUCAUAUGGAAGCGUGUAUUAUAUUGGAACUAUUCUUCCCAUUGUAAUGAUUCUUUGUGGUUACAUUAUCAAACCUGGGAAACCUGUCAGACCCAAAGCUCGGAAGGCUGAGUGAGGUAGAGAAUGCAUUGUCUGGUUUCAGAAAAUUUUAAAAUCAGAUGAGGAAAUUUCAGUUUCUUCGAUUUUUAUUUUAUUGAAAAAUUGUAACAGGUUCUUUGGUAUUGGAAAUAGUUAAGUUUGUACACACAUUUGCUUUGCCAUUAAAUUGUAUCUUCUUGCAGCAUCGCUUCGAAGUAUGUUUUUUGGGCUCUGUAAAAGGAAGAGUUGAAGAAAAUGAUUCUGAACUACCUCUUGGCUGAAAUUCUUUCCCGGAUGAUCAAAUAUUAAUUCAAUUUUAUUUUCUUUAUUA